AUGGGGUUUGGGGACUUCGAUUCCAUCUGCCGAAAGGCAGCGCUGCCCCUUUGUUCCUUAGUUGGCCCUCCGUCCUCGAUAUCAGGUGCCACUGGAGUUAUUCCGAACUGCUAUGCCCGGAAUAUCGAGCUGGCCAAUACAAUCAUUUUUGAAGGCGCUGCAUCUUUUGUACAUAUUAUUGCGCUGGGUAUGACGAUGAUCAUGAUACUGCAUAUUCGGUCAAAGUUCACCGCCGUUGGCCGAAAGGAAAUCAUCACCUUCUUCUACAUCUUCUUGGCCCUUACUGUAUGUUCGUUGGUUAUCGAUGCUGGGGUUGUUCCCCCAAGAAGUGGUCCUUUCCCAUGGUUCGUUGCAGUUCAGAAUGGGUUAGCCUCUGCGCUAUGUACCAGCUUGCUGGUCAAUGGGUUUGUGGGGUUCCAACUCUAUGAGGACGGCACUGCUCUAUCAGUCUGGCUGCUACGACUCACGUCCGUUGCAAUGUUUGCCGUUUCCUUUCUUAUCUCCAUCCUGACUUUCGAGUCUUGGGGCGGCCUUAGCCCAACAAACACCAUUGGCCUGUUUGUGGUCUUAUACAUCCUCAACGCGAUCUGCAUCGCCGUAUAUCUAAUUAUGCAGCUUCUGCUUGUAAUGAACACACUGGAGGACCGCUGGCCACUGGGUCACAUUGCCUUUGGCCUGGUGGUUUUCAUCUGUGGACAAGUGCUUCUUUAUGCCUUUGGUGACACCAUCUGUAGUCGUGUUCAACAUUACUUGGACGGCCUUUUCUUUGCCACAAUCUGCAACCUCUUAGCCGUCAUGAUGGUUUACAAGUUCUGGGACUACAUUACAAAGGAGGAUUUGGAGUUCUCCGUGGGAAUCAAGCCUAAUACCUGGGAAGUGAAGGAACUCCUUCCCGAAGAAGACCGUCGAGCAACAGUCUAUCAAGAUACAAAUUCGGAGUAUGCCGGGAGCACGUAUCAUCCUCGGCAGUCGACUUAUAAUGGCCAUAACUAUUAA